AUUCUUGGUGCCCAAGUUGUUGUAGAAGGGGUGGAGAAGCAUAAUCCUCUUAGUGAUGGUUCUAUUCUUUGGAUAACAGAAAGCAGAUCCCCACUGGGUAUAGUGGACGAGAUUUUUGGGCCUGUCAAGAACCCCUACUACAUUGUAAGAUACAAUAGUGAGAGCGAAGUCCCCGCUGAAAUCAACCAAGGCACUUUGAUCUCUCUUGUCCCAGAAUUUGCUAAUCAUGUCCUUAUCGAUGGAAGUCUUUACAAGAAAGGGUAUGAUGCAUCUGGUGAAAAUGAUGAAGAGGUGCCCACGGAUGAAGAAUUUUCAGAUGAUGAGAAGGAGGUUGAGUACAAGAGAAUACUGAAAAUGAAAAAGAGGGGCACAAAUGACGAGAAAGUUGGAAACAAGAAGAAGGACAAAAAGAAAUUCAGAAAUCGAUCUCAGAACUCGAAAUGUGAGCAAGCUAUGAAGCCACCAGUCGAGCAAAGUCAAAAUCUUGUCCCACCUGUUACUGGUUCUUCCCAAGGACAGAGGUCAGGCAAUAGGACUGACUUAGUUCCUUCAUUUCAUCAUCCGCAACAGGCCCCUGCUUUUGCAGCUCCUUCAAGUGGAGUUUGGACUAAUAUAAUCCCAAAUCAGCAGCCCGGGAAUAUGGGCUUACCUAAUACUUUGCCAACAAUUGGCAUGCCAUGGCAACAACAAUGUCAUCCUCAGCAAAUGUUUCAAAUGCCUUUGCCUAGUGGAGUACCUUUACAACAGCAAUUCAAUCCAGGACCUCCUCAUAACUUUAUCUUGCCGUUUUUACAGCCAGAUUUUGGCACAGGGCAAGCGUUUGCACCUUGGCCGGCAUUCGGACAAAAUGGUUUCAAUCAACCACCAUUUGCUUUGGGGGGCUUACCAGGCCAACUGGCACAUUUACCUUUCAACUUGGGAGGUCAGAUACCAGUUAACGUACCACAAGCGGUAGCCAACAACAAUUCACAUCCACCCGCUGCAGUUCCUGCUAUUAACGGUUCUCUAAACUUCAAUCAAGGCAAUCAUUUUGGUGGUGGCUGGAAUGCAAAUUUUCAGGCUGGUGGUAGUUUUGGACCACAAACAGGAGACAACAGCAAUUCACAACAACCUGCUGCAGUUCCUGCUAUUAACGGUUCUCUGAACUUCAAUCAAAGCAAUCAUUUUGUUGGUGGCUGGAAUGCGAAUUUUCAGGGUAGUGGUGGUUUUGGACCACAAACAGGAGACAGCAGCAAUUCACAACAACCUGCUGCAGUUCCUGUGAAUGGACCAGAAACAGGAGACAACAAUUCACAUCCACCUGCUAUUGUUCCAGGCAAUACUAAUGGUUGUCUGAACUUCAAUCAAGGCAAUCAUUUUGGUGGUGGCCGGAGAGGAAAUGGUCGGGGUGGUGGUGGCCGGUUUGGCCGUGGGAGAGGGAGAGGGAGGGCGCAACGUUAUUGA